AUGCUGUCUACCGUUCGGAGGGCCGUCCCUGGCCCGGCCCGGCAGCAGCUGCGAAGCGCCAGCCUCGCCCGUCUGCUGUCGUCUCUCGCCGUCCUCGAGCAGCGCAACGGCCAGCUGAGCAGCGGCUCGCUGAGCGCGGUCACGGCGGCCAAGAAGCUGGGCGGCUCCGUGCACGCCUUUGUGGCUGGCAGCGGCGUCAAGGCGGUCGCCGACGAGGUGGCCAAGAUCGACGGCCUCGAAAAGGUCGUCGUCGUCGACAGCGCCGCCUACGACAAGGGCCUGCCCGAGAACUACGCGCCGCUGCUGGCCGAGAACAUCAAGAAGGGCGGCUACACGCACGUGCUGGCGGGCCACACGGCCUUUGGCAAGAACCUGAUGCCCCGCGUCGCCGCCCUGCUCGACGUCCAGCCCGUGUCCGACGUCACCAGCGUCGAGAGCGACUCGACGUUUGUCCGCCCCAUCUACGCCGGCAACGCCAUUGCCACGGUCGAGUCGACCGACCCCAUCAAGCUCCUGACCAUCCGCGGCACCGCCUUCCCGGCCUCCGAGGCCACGGCGGGCAGCGGCAGCGCCGCCGUCGAGGAGGGCGUCGACCCCAAGGCCGAGGCCCCGACCGAGUGGCUCUCCGAGGACCUGGCCACGUCCGACCGCCCCGACCUGGCGACCGCCGGCAAGGUUGUGUCGGGUGGCCGCGGCCUCAAGUCCAAGGAGGAGUUUGACAAGAUCAUGCUGCCGCUGGCCGACGCGAUCGGCGCCGCUGUGGGUGCGUCGCGCGCGGCCGUCGACAGCGGCUACGCCGACAACAGCCUGCAGGUCGGCCAGACCGGCAAGGUGGUGGCGCCGCAGCUGUACAUGGCCGUCGGCAUCUCCGGUGCGAUCCAGCAUCUGGCGGGCAUGAAGGACAGCAAGGUCAUUGCUGCCAUCAACAAGGAUGCCGAGGCGCCCAUCUUCCAGGUGGCCGACGUUGGCCUGGUGGGUGACCUGUUCGAGAAGGUGCCCGAGCUGACCGAGAAGCUCAAGUCAUAA